AAAGUAACACGACUGUAGCUGAGUUUGCAAUUUAGGGAUUUAGGGUUCUCUCCCAGAGCGCGCGCGACACAUACCAACCGGAAUCGGAAUCGGAGUCGGAGUAUUAGGGCUGACGUCUCAGAAUCGCAAAAUUGCAGGAGAAUCGAACAAUGGGUUCUUCUUCGGUGAUAACCCCGGAAGAUGUAUUAGAGUCUCUAAUGAACGACGGCACCAUUGACUCUCUCCGAUUAAAGAUCAUCAACCAGCUCAAAGCCAAUGAAGAGCUGAAGAGCACGACAAUCAAAAUGGCGGAGCAGAGCCGAGUUCUCAACACGCCGGGUGCCGAGAAGCAGACGAAACGAGAGCUGUUUGAUGCUCUGAGGCAGGAGCUGGAGACCCAAGUGCUGGAGAAGGCGUCCAAGUCUGUUUGGGAGUUGAUUUUGGAUAAUAAUGGGAUGGGGAAGGAAAUCAAUCAGACUGUUGAGAGGGUGUUUUGCAAGCUCAGCGGCCGCGAACCGCCGCUGUUUCCUCCUCCUCCUCCUCAAGAAGACGCCAAUGCCGGUGGUAAGGACAGUGUCAAUGCUAAGGAGAAUGCCAAUGCUGUUGCGAGUGGUAAUGCCAAGGGCAAGGGCAAGGCGAAUGGGAAGGGGAGAGUGAAGGCAAAGGGGAAGGGAAAAGAGAAGGAGAAAGAGAAGGAGAAGGAGAAGGAGAAGGAGAAGGAGGUGGCGAGUGAAAAAGUUGAAGCCAAGCCUGAAGAGGAGAAGUCGAAUACAAAGAAGAGGAGUUUCAGUCAGGUAAAUGCACAAGGAGAAGGAGAUGGAGAAGCUCAUGUGGGUUUGGAGCAACAAGUUGAAGUCAAGGCUGAAGUAGUUGAAGCUAGGCCUGAAGAAGGUCAGGCUAUGGCAGAAGACCCUCGAGUCUGAAGUCCAAGGUACUAUGUUGUUUAUGGGGUAGGAGGUACUGGUGCAAGUCUUGGGUGUUUUAGUUCUGCACCAUUUAUUGAUCUUGUAUUCUUGAAACUUUGAUGUCUAGUUCUGGUGUCAAUAUUUUCACAGUAGGAGAAAUGACUAACCCGAGUUGGGUGUGUUGCUGAGCUAUCCUUUUUGCUUUUGUUAACCUCCAAGUAGAUGAGACUAUGCUUCUACAUUGGCAUUCUCUACAUUUCUGGCACUGUGAUUUGGGUCUUUAAGAUUGUAAAAUUUGGGUGUUUAAGAUUGUAAUAGAAAGCGAAUCGUGAAUCGUUAGGUGCCUCUGU